UGAAGUUGUUGUGUGUGAGACCUGAUGGACAAUGACCAAUCAACAACCUUGCCCAGUGUCGUAGCUGUGCGCGCGCACGUCUCCCCCACUCCUCUCGUAGUGUCUGCGAGGGACGAACUGGUAUAACGACCACGCGAGUCGAACGAGCUCCACGCGGUCGGAGUUGUUCUAGCGUUUCGACAGAGACGGUCACGACUGAACUUGUGUUUUCCUCUCCCGCCAAACAAUGUCAUCGCACCGGGCGUUUGUUUUCGUUGGUGUUACUCUCUUUCUCUUGGCAAUUGAGCUAAAUCGCGUGUCGUGCGGUAGCUGUCGGGAAUCCAAGUUGUGUUGCCCCGGUCGUGAUUCUUCGUGCGUGGUCCAGAAGGCCCCCAUCAAUGCCAUCAUCGAGGACCUGAGUGAUAAACCUUGUUACUGCGACCACGCGUGCCUCAAGCUGGGAGACUGCUGUUCUGAUUUCAAGGACGCCUGUGGAGGUAAGUGCUGACGUUGUGAGGAACUUGUUCCUGCCCCAAAUUUUGAACAGACGC